UUUUGGAGCCUGUGAACGGACACAAGCAUGGCGUCGUCAUCCGAUUCGUCCCAGCCCAAGAGAGGCGACGGCGACGGCGAUGGCGAUGGAAGCAGUCCCUUACACCCAGAGCUGCUCCAGUUCUGCAGUAGAGCUCAAACUCUGAUUUCCGAGCUCUUCCUUCUCUCGGAUCGAAUACCCUCCGAGUUCCUCGAUCGUCGCUUCGAUCCCGUCCUUUUCGAUCUCAGGUACUUGGACUCUCCUGGUGCAUUCGAGUCAAGGAUUGAGGGAAAUGCUGCACUAGAAGCACUCGAAGACCAAGUUCGUGAAUCCUGUUCAGAAUUCUUGAAAAGAUUCUUUCUUUUGGCAAAUGGCGCGGUCCUGUAUUAUUUGGAGCUCCUUAGGUACCUGAAUUCCAUGCAGGAAGGGUUAUCUUUGCAGUGUACUCUAGAUAGUGUGCUCGAUGAUGAAUGCAGCAGACAGCUAUUAACAGAAUCCAUACAACUCUUUGGAUGCUUUCUACUAUUGGUGGAACACCGAAUUGGUGGUUUAUUAAGGGAGAAACUUCUGGUCACUCAUUUACGCUUCAGUCGCUGCUUCAAUUCUCCUAACAUAAAGCACAUAUGCUUAUUUUGCCGUAUGCAUCGAGCUGCUUCUGACAUGAAGUAUGAUGUUAAUCCAUUUUCUUUAAGGUCAACAACGAUUUACAUAGAGAAUCCUGAAGAUAUUUUGGCAAGAUUUCCUUUUCCUAAGUUAGUGGUUGAUGCUAUCAUCUGUGCUCUACGGAAUGCUGACCUAUACGAUCAAAUACGCCACUAUCCUGAUCCACAACAUCGCUCGAUGGCACUGUCAUUGCAGAGCAGAUGCAUGUAUGUUCUACUGUUUUAUUCACCUGAGUUUUUGCAUGAUGGUUUUAUCAUGCGAGAAAUUGUUGAUCGGUUUUUCAAAGACCAUUGGGUGGUUCCUUUGUUUUUGCACCACACGGUCGAUCUGUUUGUUUCAUGGGAUGCCUUUAAAGAAGCAAAGUCAUCAUUAUCCUCUUGUCAUUCUCCCACAUUAGUACGUGACUGCUGCCAAAAUCACUGUAAGAAGGUUAGACACCUAUCAUCUGAGAUAGAGUUGAUUCUCUCUAAUGGGGUUUUGACCAAAGAUUACGUGUUGGAUAGAUUUCAGAACCUAUUUUCACUGGUCAGAGACUGCAAUGUUGCUUUGCGCUGGCUUUUGCUUCAUAGAAUUUGCAUUGAUAGGAAAUUAAGGGAGAUCGUUACUUCUGUAGGCAUUGCAGAACAAGUUGAUGAAGACUGCCUGUUAGUGUUACUAUUGAGGACCUCCCAACUUGAAUUUCAGUUGAAACAACUAUUUGUAGAGCUUUUGGAAAACAAGGAAUCUUUUUGGCAUGAAAAGAAACAUUGUGUUUCUAGAUGCAUUGAAGAAUUAUCUGGCUACCUGUCCAGAUCUUGGGCUUCAUCCUACAAGAUUAAGAAUGAGAACUUGAAGGAUUGGUUCGAAAAGCUGUCUGUGGAGGUUUACUCAUUGGACCAUAAACAACCUGGAAUUUCAGGCAGGAUAGUUUAUCGUAUUAUAUCUGCAUUAAAGGACAUUUUGAAGUUGCACCAAAUUGAAGAAAACCUACAAGUAAAGAAACCUUUAUUGGAGAUGGAAAAACAUCUGCAAGAUAUGAUCAAAGCUAACAGUUUAAGCAAUGAUUCUCUCUUGACAUUUUCUGUGAUUACAGAUGCCACAUAUGCAUGGGGGUAUGUUUCAAGGUUAGGUGGACUUCUUGGCAGGAUGAUUGAGGGAGAUCCUUCAGUUAUGCGAAUUUUGCACAUGUUCUUCCUUAAAUUUAAGAAAUGGAUGGAUGUGCCACUUUCACGCAUUGCCCAGAGUCAAAGGUUUCCAUGCAUCUUUCAGUUCCUCAAACUAUUGUGGUUCUCUUUCUCAUUCAACUUGAAUGGUUUUUUGUUUGGACCUGUUCUACUAUGGCACGCGUUCAUAUUUCUUGAUAUGUCAUCAAAAUACUUCAGGAAAUGUUCCAAAAGCUUAUAUCUGUUGUUUGCACAUAACAAGAAGACUGAUGUGCUGCCUGGAGUUUCUGAGUUUGACUUGACCUGGACCCAUGCGAACCCAACCUGUGCUAGCUAUGCUGGUCUUAUGUCAUGCCAACUCAGAUCAACCAUAAUAUCCGUUGCGAGCGACGGCGGGCUGUUGCGAGCAGCGAUAGGCUUCUAUGAGCAGCGCCGGGCUGCUGCUGGCUUCUGCAGCGAAAGCGCAGGAGAUGGUUGCGUGAAACAGUUCUAUCGCGAUGGAAAAAAAGAAUCGGGAGUGGGGAGAUUUGCUAUUUUGUUAUUGGCGUCACAGAUGGAUCUUCUGCUAAAGUCAGGAAGGGCUGCCAACAAGAUAUGUGUCAUCUCACAGGGAAUAAUGGUUAUCUCGAGGAAUUUCCUUGGCCUUAUCAACAUGGACCUCAAAGACUGGUUAGUGGAGCAGAUAAUAAAAGGACUGAAGAUGCGAAUUCAAAAUAAACUGAAUUCUUUUUUCCUCUCAUCUAGUGUUUCUCGUGGAACUCUAGAAAUCGAUAUGAGGAUGCUAUCCACUUAUAUUCAAUCACAAAUGCAGAUGAUGGAGAUCCUUCAGGAUUUACUUCAUAUAAAUGGGAGAUCCAUUUGGGAAGAAGUUUUAGCCAAUUUCUUGAAAGAAUCUGCUCGGAAUUUUUUACAGGAACACAGUGAACUUAUAAAACAGAAGAGAGAUGUGGAAUUUUCAUCUGCUUUAUUGAAUAGUAUUUCUAAGUCAAAGACCUUUUUUGGAAAUUUGUUGAUCCAAGUACUGCAGUUAACUGAUCCAUCUCGUUCAAUGUUCAUAGAGCCUAUGAGUGGUUGGUUUGAUGCUGAAGGGAAUGAAUUACUGGGGUUGCUUUUCUUUGAUGUACUUGAUUCAUGUAUAGGGCAGGCUGGUUUGUGCAUCUUGGAUUCGCUACUAUGUAUAUUGGUCAAAAACAGUUUGGAGCAUGCAUUGAGUUGUCUUAACAGUAGGUUGGAUUGUAGAAUUUUGGAAGAACUACGUAAAAUGGAUGGUAAUUUGGGUCCUGCACCAUCUCUACCUUUGCUAGGUUGGACGUCGUAUAAGAGCAUGAUCAAGAUGGGCAAUGAAUCAAUGGAACCACUAGUUUCAUGUUUUGCAACUACUGGACAGCUACAGUUGUUGCGGUGCUUUGUUGCCUUUAAACUUCGGUCAUCAUCUAAGAUUAAGGUAGGUUCUAUUUAUUCGGCUGUUGAAGGUCUGAAUGCCUCAAUUUACGUCAAUAGGGAUAAAACAAUUGAGGCAUUAUUUUCCAAACAAGAAAACACAGAUCAAAAAAUGGAGGAUAAUCCAUUUGUGGGACUUCUUCAAGCACUCAACAGAAUGCAGAAGUUUUGUGGUAUUCUUUCUCCUCUUCAAACAAAUUAUAUUCUGAAAGAGCCUCCUACUUUAGUUGCAAGAACUGCAUCCAUUUUGUCAAUAUCACAGUUGUCACGUUAUGUACUUGAUACUCACUUGGGCACUUUGACCAGUAAAACGAACAAAUCCAUCACAGAUUUUUCUCCUGUCGUCAUAGGACUUGGAACAUUUCUUAAGCAGUUCCAUCCUUCUCAUGCAACCCAAUAUAUACAGUACAUGGGUCAGUAUGUUAGGAUAACUGCAGAAUUAGCAUAUGGAGUCUAUGAUCCCCAGAUAUUGCUUGAUGACCCAGCAUCUGAGGUUUUGAAGUCAGCAUUCUGGUUGAUGUAUUUCUGUAGAUUCAUGGGUGUCCCCAAAAGUUUAGUUGACUCAUGCCUGCCGCCCUCUCUUGUGGCUAUGUUACAAAUGUGAAUUUUCAAUUUGGAUAAAGCAUCAAGCUUCUUUUGAGGUGGGCCGCCGAACACUUGAUGAUAUGCAUAGCCUUAGUUUAUUUUCAUCACCUAAACCAUGCUAUCUCUGUUGGGAAGAAUGAUCUGUGGAACACGGAAGAACAAUUGGCACAUGAGUCAUGGUUGAUAGCAUGAUUCAUCCUCCUAGAUGAGGUCCAUAUGCAUGAGAGAACAUAGUAUAUACAUGAAUGCAAUCAUUUUUAUACCAGUUUUUUGUUCUCUAAUGCUAUUUCACAAAAUCAGUUUUUUUAUAAGAUAGAUUUGUAAGUACCCUGUGAUAAUUUUGAUGUGAUUAACCAAGUUAAGUUAGGUCA